UUGUACAUACAUAUCCGGUUUUUUAACUGGACUAGUCUUUGAUUUGUUAGACAUGGUUUAUGUCAAUUUUCCUGCAAGAUUAACGGACGAAGAAGAACGAUUGCGACAGAAAUAUGCAUUGCUGCGUAAAAAGAAAAAAAUAUUGCAAGCAUUAAAAACAGCAAAACCAGAAAGAGAACCACCUGUACAGCAACCUGCAAAAAGACCUGCACCUGAAUCAGCUGAAGAUGCAAAAGAACAGGCAAAAAAGUUGUUAAAGUCAGGAGCAAUCAAGAUUGCUUCUGAUAGUCAGGACAAGCAUAGCUUUAAACGCUCAAAAUACCUGGAAAAGAAACUCAAGGAUCCAGAGAAAACACCAUCAGCCGUGGGCUUCCAGCCGUUCCAGGCAACUCACCCUGAGGAAGAGGAACGUGAGCCACGUCCUCCAAGGCAAAAAGUGCGACUUUAUGACAAUUUUGUCAGUGGAGGUUUUGAGAAGAAGGAACGUGAGAGUCGAGGAAAGGAGCCACCAAUCCGAGGAAAUACCAUUUACGUCCAUGGACAUGGUGUAUCGGAGGAAAUACUGAGGAAAGCAUUUUCCAACCUCGGCAAUGUCAUCAAUGUCAACAUGGAAAAGGACAAGAAUGUUGGAUUUGUUACGUUUGAGAAAAUGGAAUCUGCAGAUUCAGCUAUAUCAGAAGUAAACAAUGCCAUGAUAGAUGGGGUACAGCUCCGUGUUUCCAUGGCAAGGAGACAACCCACUUUUGAGCAGGCCACUGACCCAUCUACAUCAUCCUGGUCUUCUAUAGCUGCAAGUUCAUCACAGAAAGGAUCACACAAGGACAAACGUGCUAUGGUCACUUAUGACGAAGAAGACAUAUUCUGAUUGGUCUACACCAGAGGUUAAAGGUUAAAUCUUCUAAAUACCAAGGCUAAUCCAUUGGUGUACUGAUGAUCCAACUCCAGGAUUCCAAAGACACAAACUCAUGAAGUUGAAGGGGAUUGUUAAUAAGAAUUCCUUUGUUAGCUGGUGUUGUAAGAUGAAUGAACUGUCAGUAUAGUACUACACUGUACGUUUAGUUCUGUUCAUAGUUCUGCAACUUACAGGGCGUUAAGGCUGUGUAUAGUGUAACUGCUACACUGUUGUCCUAGGAAAAUUUCAAACAUGACAGGACUGCUGUCCUCAACACAAGAGAUUCUGUGACACGGCUUUCCUCUACAUAACCAAGUUUGAUCAAAAUCUUUAUACACUUGUGAUAACAUACAUUAUUAUACCUUUACGUUUUUUUCUCUAUAUAAAAGUAAUUUGAUAAUUUGACUAUCAGUCUCGAGAGGAUUGCACAUGUGUUUCCAGGACUAUCACACCGUGUGACAGUUCGAAAAAACUGUCACACGGCGAACUGUCACCCCUGCUGUAACGUCGUCAGAACGUUUGAAAGACACGACAUGCAAGCGCUUAAUUGACACAGAUUGUUUGUUGUUGCCACUUAAUUGACACAGGUUGUUUGUUGUUGCAGACGGUAGCCUUAACAUUUUGUUUUCUCUUACAAAACUGUCAAACAUGGAUCAAUACAUGCGUUUUCAAAAUGCCACAGACGUAGAGAUCAAGUCAUUAUUAACGGAUAGGGAUAGCAAAAACACUAAAAGGGUCAUACAAACGUCUGUCAAGUUAAUGGAGGACUAUAUAGCAGAUUCCCAUACCAGCACAAACAUCUAUAUAGAGAAAAAAACGUAAAGGUAUCAUAAAACAGUUAUCAAAUGGGGUAAUUCGGGCAAUAGUAAUUUUGUCAGCCCCUCAACAACUGUUGCCCUCGGGCUAAGGCCCUCAUGUAACACAUUUGAUAACAUAUGAUAUCGAGUGUAGAGCGAGGUCAAGAGUGCAUAUGGCUUAUGUAUGGAUACAUUAUUUCCAAAUUAUAACGCCUCGUAAGCCUAGCAGAGUACCUAUAUUGAGAGUACAUGUAUAGAACAUGUCAACUUAUUAACAGGCUUAACAGGUAAAUCGCUUGUAAAGCUUCCAGUGGGUUGAUUAUGUCUUUGUAGAAAUAAAACAAUUUGCAAUG